GUCUGAAUGGUUCUGUUGCACGGCAUCCACAGAAAGAUCAGUUAAUAUAUGCUGCAGGAGAAGAAAGUUAGGAUGUAUUAUAAAGAUAUUAAUGCAGCAGCAUGGCUUGCCAUGACAAACAACCAAAUGACCUUGUCUUUUUUGUGAAUGGCAAGAAGGUAAUUGAGAGGCAGGCAGAUCCUGAAGAAUUACUCCUGUAUUAUCUAAGAAAGGAACUCCGUCUCUCAGGAACAAAAUAUGGCUGUGGAGUAGGAGGCUGUGGUGCAUGCACUGUGAUGUUAUCUACAUAUGACCCAGUUGCCAAGAAAAUACGACACCAUCCUGCCAACUCCUGCCUGCUCCCCAUAUGCUCACUGCAUGGUGCUGCUGUUACUACUGUGGAAGGGGUUGGAAGCUUAAAAAACAGGAUUAAUCCAAUUCAGGAAAGACUUGCCAAAUGCCAUGGCUCCCAGUGUGGCUUCUGCACCCCUGGAAUGGUGAUGUCCAUGUAUGCUUUACUAAGAAACCAUGUGAAACCUUCCAUGGAACAGAUAAUUUCUGCUCUGGAUGGUAAUUUAUGCCGUUGCACAGGAUACAGGCCAAUUAUAGACAGCUAUGCAUCUUUUGCUAAGGAGCAAACAUGCUGCCAGCUGAGAGGAACUGGACAAUGUUGCUUGGAUCAGGAAGAACUUGGGUGCUCAUCUUCUGCAGGAGUUCGGAUUCGCUCUGGUCUUUGCAACCCAGCAGAAUUCCUCCCUGUGGAUCCAACACAAGAAUUUAUAUUUCCUCCUGAACUAAUGAGAAUGGCUCAAGAACAGCAAAGAAAGACUCUUAUUUUCUGCAGUAAGAGAACAACAUGGAUUUCUCCCUCUACCCUGAAGGAGCUUCUGGAGCUGAAAGCCAAGUAUCCAAAGGCACCUGUGGUUGUGGGGAACACCAGCUUAGGACUCAACAAAAAUGACUGUGAUGACUAUCAUCCAGUCAUUCUCCAUCCUUUGAGGAUUCCAGAAAUGCAAGUUUUUAGUAUCACAGAUGAUGGGAUAGUAGUAGGAGCUGCCUGUUGCCUUGCCCAGCUCCGAGAUAUUCUCAUGGAGACUAUCCCAAAACUCCCAGAGGAGAAAACAAAAAUCUACCAAGCUCUCUUGCAGCAGCUGAGAACUCUAGCUGGAGAACAGAUCAGGAGCAUGGCGUCUUUAGGAGGACACAUUGUAAGCAGGGGAUCAGCCUGGGACUUGAACCCAAUCUUAUCUGCUGGCAAAUCUGUUCUCAACUUGGCAUCAGAUGGUGGCAAGCGACAGAUUUUUUUAAAUGACCAGUUUCUUGCUGGCCAUAAACAUGCAGACAUAGAGCCCAAGGAGGUCAUUGUUUCUGUUCUUAUCCCAUAUUCUACAAAGGAUGAGUUUAUUUCAGCCUUCAGACAAGCUGACCGUCAGAAAAAUGCUUUUUCCGUAGUGAAUGCUGGAUUGCGAGUCCUCUUCAGUCCAGGCACAGACACAAUUGUAGAUCUGAGUAUUUUAUAUGGAGGCAUUGGCUCAACCACACUCAGUGCAAGAAAGUCUUGUGAGAAGCUCAUUGGAAGACAGUGGAAUGAUCAGAUGCUGAGUGAAGCUUGCAAACUGGUGCUGGAGGAAAUUUCUCUUCCUCCAUCAGCUUCAGGUGGAAAAGUAGAGUAUAGAAGAACUCUGCUUGUGAGCUUCUUAUUCAGAUUUUACCUGGAAGUGCUACAUGGCUUACAUCAGAUGUAUCCCUUCAGGUAUGCUGAACUCUCACAGGAUAAGAUGAGUGCUUUGGGAGUGCUACAAAGUGGUGUUCCCCAGGGUGUCCAAGUCUAUCAGGAUGUAGACCCAGGACAGUCUCCACAAGACCCCGUGGGACGUCCCAUCAUGCACCAGUCUGGUAUUAAGCACACCACUGGUGAAGCGGUUUACAUUGAUGACAUUCGUCCAGUGGAUGGAGAACUUUCAUUGGCUGUGGUCACUAGCGUUAAAGCCCAUGCAAAGAUUAAAUCAAUUGACAUUUCAGAAGCCCUUCAGGUGCCAGGAGUGAUUAAUGUGAUAACAGCAAAAGAUGUUCCAGGGAAAAAUGGCAAUGAUGAAGAGGAAGCAUUUGCAAAAGACAAGGUCAUUUGUGUUGGACAGAUAAUCUGUGCCGUGGUUGCAGAGACACUGACGCAGGCAAAGUGUGGAGCUAAAAAGGUGAAGAUAGUGUAUGAAGAUCUGCAGCCAGUCCUCACCAUUAAGGAUGCAAUAAAACAUAAUUCAUACAUUACUAAAGAAAGGAAACUAGAAAAAGGAGACAUUGAGAAAGGAUUUAAGUCUGCUGAUAAAAUCAUAGAAGGUGAAUUGCACAUGGGAGGACAGGAACAUUUCUACCUGGAAACAAAUAGUGUGCUUGUUAUUCCAAGAAUGGAAGAUAAAGAAAUGGAUGUGUAUGUAUCAACUCAGCAUGCAACAGAUGUACAGAAAUUAGUGGCUUCAGCUUUAAACCUCCAGUCCAACAAGAUUAUGUGUCACACAAAACGUGUUGGUGGAGCAUUUGGUGGAAAGAUAACUAAGCCUUCAUUCUUUGCUGUAAUUGCAGCAGUGGCAGCCAACAAGACCGGCCGCCCAGUCCGCUUUGCCCUUGAAAGAGACAUGGACAUGUUAAUCACUGGUGGACGUCACCCUUUCUUUGGAAAAUAUAAAGUCGGAUUCAUGAAGGAUGGUAGAAUAAUGGCCGCAGAUUUUCAAUGCUAUAUAAAUGGUGGCUGUACAAAAGAUGAAUCUGAGCUGGUGAUUGAGUAUAUUGUGCUGAAAGUGGACAAUGCAUAUAAUAUUCCUAAUCUCCGAGUCAGGGGCCAUGCUUGCAAGACUAAUUUGCCUUCUAAUACUGCCUUUCGAGGAUUUGGGUUUCCUCAGGCAGGUCUGUUUGUGGAGACCUGUAUUGUGGCUGUGGCAACCAAGACUGGACUACCACAUGAGAAGGUUAGGGAAAUAAACAUGUACAGAGGAGUUAACCGAACAGCCUUCAAAGAAAAAUUUGAUGCAGAGAAUCUGUGGAAAUGUUGGAAAGAAUGUUUGGUUAAGUCUGACUACCACAGCCGGAACACAAAGGUGGAAGAGUUUAACAGGAAGAAUUACUGGAAAAAGAAAGGGAUUGCCAUCAUUCCCAUGAAAUUUUCUGUUGGAUUUAAUGCAACCUAUUUUCAUCAGGCUGGUGCUCUUGUCCAUAUCUACUUAGAUGGGUCUGUACUAGUAACUCAUGGUGGCAUUGAACUUGGACAAGGAAUUCACACUAAGAUGUUACAGAUUGCCAGCCGUGAACUGAAGAUACCACUGUCAUAUAUACACUUCUGUGAAACAAGCUCAACAACUGUACCUAAUGGCAAAUACACAGCAGGAUCAGUAGGGACAGAAAUCAAUGCAAGAGCAGUACAGGAUGCUUGUCAAAUCCUUUGGAAGCGUCUGGACCCUAUCCGAAGAAAUAAUCCUAAAGGCAAAUGGGAAGACUGGAUCAGUGAAGCUCACAAGAAGAGCAUCAGCCUUUCAGCUACUGGCUAUUUCAAAGGUUAUGUGACAGACAUGAACUGGAAAACAAAGAAAGGCCAUGCAUUCCCAUAUUUUCUCUAUGGAGCUGCCUGUUCUGAAGUAGAAAUUGACUGCCUUACAGGAGCACACAAGAACAUUAGGACAGACAUUGUGAUGGAUGCCUCUUUUAGCAUAAAUCCAGCUAUAGAUAUAGGACAGAUUGAAGGGGCCUUCAUUCAGGGGGUUGGUCUUUACACAUUAGAAGAAAUCUACUUUUCCCCCGAAGGAGAGCAGCUUACUCUUAGUCCAGAUACAUACAAGAUCCCUGCGGUUUGUGACAUUCCUGAGCAAUUCCAUGUCUAUUUACUGCCAAAUUCAUGCAACUCAAUUGCUAUCUAUUCUUCCAAGGGCGUGGGUGAGGCUGGAUUUUUCCUGGGCAGUUCAGUGUUUUUUGCAAUACGUGAUGCAGUGGCUGCUGCACGGAAAGAAAGAGGACUACCCCUGGACUUCACACUGAACAGCCCCUUGACUGUUGAGCGGAUUCGUAUGGCCUGUGAUGAUAUCUUUACUAAGAUGAUUCCAAAAGAUAAACCUGGAACCUAUAAGCCAUGGGCCAUUGAUAUAUCCUAAGUAUGGAAUAACCAGGUGGUACCUUCAGGAACUUACUGACUGAAAGAAAGCAUUCCUGCAUGAAAGAAGUAUAACUGUAAUACACACACACACACACACACACAGUUAUAGGACAAGGUAUAAGUAUCAGCCCUAAUGUACUGCCGACUAAGACACUUCUCAUUUUGAAAAAUAUAUUUCUUUAUGAACUGAGCUGUUCUCCAUGCUAUACUGGAAUAAUUCUGGAGUUACUCCAUGAACUUUGAAUAAUUUGCAUGCAAUUUUGAAAAUAUCUGCAGUAAAUCAGAGUUAGAUACUGUGCAAGAUAGUGACAGACAUGCAUUGAUAUUGUAGCAGAACCAAGAUUCUAAGAGUACAUACUACCAAAUAUUUUCUAGAUAAUGAUAUUUGCCAUGGUAACCACAGUAAUAUUAGUAUAGUUCUCUACUUCCUGACAACCCAUCUCAGGUCUACUCCAUACCCAUUAGAUCUCUCUGAACCACUACUGGCUUUGACCUCUCAGAGCUGGAAUAAAACCACUGCUAUUUGCCACAGUCAGUGUUCACUCCACCUCUCCUUUGCCUUAUCCAGUUUUGCUCCCUCUUCCCAGUGAAAAGGUGAAGUAGGUCACAGCCGAUGCAUUCGUCUGUAGGUGAACUGAGAGCAUGAGGUACAGGAGAUGUUCUAUUUCAGAUAAAAGGACUAAACUCUUACUAAUUCUGAAAUAUUUGGUUUUUAAAUGGGGUCACUCCUUGCAAUGAUAAGUAGAUAUUGAGUAGCAGACAUGCAGCAGGUGACUGAGCUGAAAAAUAUGGAGAGGAGCAGGGCUAAGAGGGAACAAUGGCAAUAGAGCAGUUUGUCAUUAAAACCAGGUGUGUCAGCUCACUGUUUGACUCAAACUGUGCCAACAUUAUGAAUGCUGUGACAUACAUGCUAGAAAGGAGGUUUUAAAGUGAUGUAGUGACAGCUAUAUGAAUCUUGAUGGAGAAGGUCCUCAGGAGGAGAGGAGACUGAAAAGCAAGUUCAGAGGUGCCUCAGAGAAAACAAAGAAAAUGUCUGUACUAAAUUGAGCCAGUACAGAUAUCCGUACAAAUGAAUAUUCAGCUUUCACCUUUGAUAGUUCAAAUAAUGAAAGUAAUAGUAAGAACAUGUUUUACAAUGUCAUUGUUUACUAAAACACUUGCCAAAACCCAGCAAGUUUUACUUCAUAUCCUGCUCUCAGUUACAUAAACAUGUCUAAGCUUAUUUCAUUUAUUUUAAUGGUGAGUCUGCAGGUUUAAAUUAGUUAAUAUAGAAGAGAGAGUGAUCUGCACGGAGCAUCAAAUAAAUAAUUUUAUCUACAUUUUAUCUGUAGCAGCACAAGAAGAUUUUAUGCCUUUACAAAUAAAUUAAUAUUCCAAGUAAUUAGAAACUUGAUAGCUUAUUUUGGUAAAGUUUUCAUUUUUUUUUCCUUUUAUCUUCUUGUGGAUAAAUUGUCAGACACUACAGCUCAGCUGGCAAUAUACUUUGCAAUCUGAGACUUUUAUUAAUUCCUGCAGUCAGUUCCUUAAUAUGUCUGUGUUCUUUACCUUAAAAUGAGAUUUUCAUAGUCUGUGAUUUAUCUUUUUGGCUUUUAGUUGUGAUUUAAACAAAUGCUAUCAUUUUAGAAUGAGUAUCAAAGCAACCCCUGCCUUGGGUUUAAUAUGAAUGAAAAGUACUUGCAAACUCUAUGUCUGAUGAAUGUGAUCUUGCUUGGGGUAUUUUUGGAUGAUGUAUUUUCUAGAUUGCAUUGGGCUGUUAACUGGAGUUUUCUUAAAUAAGUCUUCAAUAAAAGCAUAUUUGUAGGGUGCUGUCCUGCUGUUCUACAACCAGUACUGUUUUGAUAGAGAAAAAAAAAAAAAAAAAA